CUGUGUCUGUGUCUGUGUCUGUGUGCGCGCGCACAUCUUCUUUUACCCGGAAAACAUGUGUCACUCACUGGGAGGCGCGGCUCCUUGAACUUCCUCGUUUAACUGUUCGUCGCAGCGAGGAGCCUUUCUUCCUCCGCUUUUAAAACCUUUCACCUGAUUUACUUGUUUUAUGAACACUUUAACCUCCGUUUCUUCCCUUACAUUCAUACUUUUGCAACUUUAUACCGUAUGGACGCAUUUUAGUCCCGGAGUAGAUAAGGUCUCCAGUCUUCUAUGGAUGAGGAGAGAGAGGAGGGGGGUUCUACCUCUAAGACCACUCUGUCUGGGGAACAUGGCCGCCGGAGCAAAGCUGAGAGAAGGAGGCAGGAGAGAGCAGACUCCCCUGGACCCAGCUGUGUCUCCAUGAAGAGUGACCACUAUAUGGGGGAGCUUCAAAGGAUCCGUUCUGAAUUUGUGAAGGGAGUUUCAGAACCUGUUAUCAAAGGUCUCCUGGAUGACCUUUGGCAGCAGAAGGUGUUCAGUUCUGAGGAAAAGGACUACGUGAUGGCCGAGAGGACCAAAGCAGACCAAGCACGUCGUCUGAUCGACAUGGUGAUGGGGAAAGGGGAGAGAGCAAGUCAAGCGAUGAUUGAUAGUAUGAAGAAGAGGGACGAACACUUAUGCUCCACCCUGGGUCUGAUCUCUUCUCCUCCUGGUGUGGAAACUGCUGCUUUCGAGUUCCAACAUAAAAUCAAGUCUCAUAUGAAGGAGAAGCUCAGGUGUCUGUAUGAGGGAAUCGCUAAAGCAGGACAAUCAACACCUCUGAAUGACUUCUACACAGAGAUCUUCAUCACAGAGGGAGGCAGUGGAGAGGUCAACAAGGAACAUGAGAUCAGACUGAUUGAAACAGCUUCCAGGAAACAAGCCAUGGAGGAAACAUCAAUCAGAUGUGAGGACAUCUUUAAACCCUUACCUGGACAAGAUAAACCAAUCAGGACAAUUAUGACAACUGGAGUGGCAGGCAUUGGUAAAACCGUCUUAACACACAAGUUCACUCUGGACUGGGCUGAAGACAAGGCCAAUCAGGACAUACGCUUCACGUUUUUCUUCCCUUUCAGAGAGCUGAAUUUACUAAAAAUGAAAGAGUUUAGCUUGUUGGGACUUCUUCAUUACUUCUUUAAUGAGACCAAAGAAGCUACAAUCUGUAGAUCUGACCUGUGCCAGGUUGUCUUCAUCUUUGAUGGUCUGGAUGAGUGUCAACUUCCUCUGGACUUCAAGACAAACCCGAUCUGUACUGAUGUCACAGAGGUCACCUCGGUGGAUGUGCUGCUGACAAACCUCAUCAGGGGCAAACUGCUUACCUCUGCUUGCAUCUGGAUAACCACACGCCCUGCGGCAGCCGAUAAGAUCCCUGCUGAGUGUGUUAACUUGGUGACAGAGGUGAGAGGGUUCACCGACCCACAGAAAGAGAUUUACUUCAAGAAGAAAUUCACAGAUGAGACACUGGCCAAAAAAAUCAUCGCCCACAUCAAGAAAUCACGAAGCCUCCACAUCAUGUGUCACAUCCCAGUCUUCUGUUGGAUCACUGCUACAGUUCUGGAGGACAUCUUAAAAAAAAAACAGAUAGAAGAGAUGCCCAAGACCAUGACUCAGAUGUACAGCCUCUUCCUGAAGGUUCAGUCCAUGCAGUGUAAUUUGAAAGUUGGAAGUUGGAAGUUGGAAGAGUGGAGUUCAAAGAGCAGGGAGAUCAUUGUUUCUCUGGGAGAACUGGCUUUUAAACAGCUGGAGAAAGACAACCUGAUCUUCUACGAGGCAGACCUGGCAGAGUGUCACAUUGAUAUCAAAGAAGCCUCAGUGUACUCAGGAGUGUUCACCCAGAUCUUUAAAAAGGAGGGUGGGCUGUACCAUGACAAGGUGUUCUGCUUUGUCCACCUGAGUAUCCAAGAGUUUCUGGCUGCCCUUUAUGUCUUUGUGAAAUUCAUCGACACUGGGGUCAAUCUGCUCUCAGGACCACUACAAUCCAUGCUUGCUAUUUUUUCUAGAAAGAAAGGAAAUGUCAAACUCUACCAGAGUGCUGUGGACAAGGCCUUACAGAGGAAGGACGGACGCCUGGACUUGUUCCUCCGCUUCCUCCUGGGCCUCUCUCUGGAGACCAAUCAGAAUGUCCUAAAAUUUCUGCUGGGAAAGACAGUAAGUAGCUCAGAGACCAGUAAGAAAAUGGGCUCUUACAUUAAGAAGAAGAUAGGUGGAGAUAUUUCUACAGAGAAAAGAAUCAAUCUGUUCCACUGUCUGAAUGAGCUAAACGACCGUUCUCUAGUGGCGGAGAUCCAACAGUACCUGACAUCAGGAAGACUCUCCAAAGAAUCUCUCUCUCUUGCUCAGUGGUCAACUCUGGUCUUCAUCCUACUGACAUCAGAAGAGGAGCUGGACGUGUUUGACCUGAAGAAAUACUCUCCUUCAGAGGAGGGUCUUCUGAGGCUAAUGCCAGUGGUCAAAGCCUCCAAAACAUCUCUCCUCAAUGGCUGUCAUCUGUCAGAGAGAUGCUGUGAAGCUCUGGCCUCAGUUCUCAGCUCCAACUCCUCUAGUCUGAAAAAGCUGGACCUGAGUACCAAUGAUCUGAAGGAUUCAGGAGUGAAGCUGCUCUCUGCUGGACUGGGGAGUACACACUGUACACUGGAAACUCUCAGCCUCAAUGGCUGUGAUCUGUCAGAGAGAUGCUGUGAAGCUCUGGCCUCAGUUCUCAGCUCCAAGUCCUCUAGUCUGAAAAAGCUGGAUCUGAGUACCAAUGAUCUGAAGGAUUCUGGAGUGAAGCUGCUCUCUGCUGGACUGGGGAGUCCACACUGUACACUGGAAACUCUCAGGUCAGUUGUCAGCCUCUUCUUCAAACUGGUUACUCUAGCUUUCAGUAAGUGCUGCUCCUGCCUGAUGCAUUUCUGGUGCUCUUUCCCUGCUGACAAAACACUUCCUGGUUCUACACAAUGUUAGAACAUGUGAAGAAACGUUCUUAACGUACCAAACACAGCAGACUUCUCCUGACUCUAACCAAACAAUAUCUCAUUGAGUUGUAGCUAUUGAGAAAGGAGCAUUUGUUUAAGAUCCUGUCACAUCCAUGUGAAGGCAGUUCUGCUGUCUGUGAUGUCAUCUCCCCACUUCCUCUUUCUGUUCUCAGACUCUCAGGGUGACACAGCUUUGUCUCCAUGAAGUAUCAAUAAAGCUUUUACUUGUCUUCAAUGUUGAAUGAAUACACUUUAUAAAUGUGGUUACUUUAGUAGAAACUGCUCUCAACCAGAUACAAUAAAUUGUGUGUGUGUGUGUGUGUGUGUGUGUGUGUGUGUGUGUGUGUGUGUGUGUGUGUGUGUGUGUGUGUGUGUGUGUGUGUGUGUGUGUGUGUGUGUGUGUGUGUGUGUGUGUAGCUUGUCUGGCUGCCUGGUCACACAGGAAGGCUGUUCUUCUCUGGCCUCAGCUCUGAGCUCCAACCCCUCCCAUCUGAGAGAGCUGGACUUGAGC